ACACACAGCUUACAGCGUUGCACCUUGCAGUGCAAACGACAUUCUUUGGGUUGCCCUCUGAUGGCCCCAUUUGCUCUCCUUGGAGUCGCUCGCUAGCGAGAAGCUCUCAUGCCGUAUAGAAUGUGCGGCCCGGCACCGCCGUGCCGCAAGAAGACGCAGAUCGUUCGCACCAGUUCCGGGUGUCGAAACUGCCGAUUACGGCGCAAAAAGUGUGAUGAGAGCAGGCUCGCUUGUCGCGCCUGUACUCGGCUGGGAAGACUCUGCGACGGGUAUAAGACCAAGCUGGAAUUUCGCAAUGUCUCUUUCCGUCCAACCGUGCCCCGAGACGAUGGCGCCCGAGCAGAUCAAAGGCCAAUCCAGCUCCAGGCAGAAACUACCGGCAGCUCCGUGUCUCGGUCGAACCCCGACGAGACUAGGGCCCAUUCUAACCUCUCCCAUCUAGAGGCCGGAGAUAACGACGGGGAAAUUUCUAGCACUCCUACAACGCAAUCAUGCAAUGGUCAGGAUGUACUAUGGACGGAUUGGUUCUUUGGCUCGAGGCAAAUUAUGCAUACCGCGUUGCCAACGCUGAAUCCGGCUCUGAAGCCUAGUAAAGGACUUUUUUACAUGAGCGUCUGGGAAAGCCAGUGUACUCCCGCACUGCAUCCCAUCUUCAGUAGACUCGCGCGUCCCCAGAGUCUGGCGCCGGUACUGGCAGAUACCAUGAUGGCCCUCGCCGCACGCCAGCUGAGCCGGAUGCUUCCCCGGGCGCGAGAAUUCUGCUUAGUCGACGCUCACGGAUCGCCUUUCCGGCCCGACCUAGAGCAGCAGAGAAUCGGCGGGGAGUUCUCCGGCUCUGCCAUGCGGUGCGUAGCGCGAUGGACUCAGGAGGAUUUCGAGCGCGACGUGACGAGCGCAUUAGUACGACAUCGUCUGAAUGAGUGGCGGGCCCGAAUACCAUCCUCAGAUCUGCCCGUUGACUCGAACUCGACGACUCACGACAACAGGGUUGAUGCACAAAUCCAGCCGCUACGUUUCGGGACUCACAAUGCCGCAAUGAAUUUUGCCUACUAUGUCGUCGCUCGGAUUAUGCAGUGCGGGGAGUUUCUCGGCAUUUUUCGACAGAGCUAUGGGAGGGCGGAAGAGCUGAACGAUGCUUGUGACACCGCGUAGCCGUGGAUCUUGCUUCUCCUCCGGAUCGCGG